CAUUAUUAUUAUUUGAUCUGAAAAAUCUCUGAAAUAUCAAAGAGAUGGCCUUUCUCCUUCGACAAAGCAGUCUUGCGAUCCACCUCCGAUCUUCUUCUCAGAGGACAGAAGGUUGUAUGUCUGUGCCAAGUCGAGCAUUUCAUGUGGAGCUUGGGGAUCGUGAGAAAGCUCUCUUGGCAGAGGACCCUUUGUUAAGACGAUUUAAAUCUUAUAAGAAGAGUGUGUGGCGACUGAAGAGGAUCGGCGAUGUUCUGACAAUUGUUGUUGUAGCAGGUUGUUGCUAUGAAAUUUAUGUGAAGGCAGUACUGAGAGAAGAAGCUCGGGACACGGCAAAGGCUGCUGGUAGAAAUAAAUGAGACUGUGCGUGCUUUUGCUUCUGUGUCGAAUACCAAAGGUGUCUCUAUUAGCAUAAUUUUGGCUAAUGAUAAAUUAGUAAAAUGGGUAUGUA